AUGCACAGUGAUUGCGGGACAAACUUUGUUGGAGCUUCAAAACUGUUAAACCCGUUGACAGAGCUCACUCACUCAUCUGCGUUCCAAAGUCGCGUGCACAGCUACCUAGCUACCAAACACAUCAGUUGGUAUUUUAACCCACCGUCUUCUCCACACUUUGGUGGUUUGUGGGAGGCUGGCGUGAAAUCAAUGAAGUCGUUACUUCUCCGUUCGGUAGGCAAACAGCGAUUGACCGGUGAAGAACUUACAACUUUGUUAACGAAAAUCGAAGCAACGUUAAACUCGCGGCCCCUCUGCCCUUUGAGCAACGACCCGGCUGACCUGGAAGCCUUAACUCCCAGCCACUUCCUGACGCUGGAGCCAUCAACGUCACUUCCAGACCCUGAUUUGGCAAAUGUGCCAUUGUCUAAGUUACAGAGAUGGCGUUUGGUGACUGAUCUCCAUCGACAUUUUUGGUCACGUUGGAAAAACGAGUACUUGUCUAGUCUUCAAGCGCGAUCAAAAUGGUUUGGUAAUGUUGAUCAGUUGCGUGAAGGUGCCCUAGUCCUGAUAAAAGAAGCUUCAGCUCCUUUACACUGGCGACUUGGUCGAAUCCGCACCGUUCAUCCUGGAUCUGAUGGAGUCACUAGAGUUGCUACAGUGGAUACCAGUACUGGCAGCCUAACCCGUCCAGCCGUAAAGUUAUGUCCAUUACCUACUUCUUGA